UCUCAUGCUGCACCACCAAGGUCGUCAGCAUACGAGUUUGUGACCGGCGACAACUGGACGACGAACACACGCGACACGAGGGUCGCCCGCUUGAGCGGGUGUUUAGUGUUGAGCGGCUACGGCAAGGUGCGGUACUGUGAGGAGACUGAACAGAGAGGUGGGAGCUCUGCAGUACGGUGAACAACAGCACCCCUCGGCAUUCUAAGCCAGUGGCUGCCACGGCUGUCGCACCUCCAUGCCCGGGCCCACCUCCGCCAGUCCGGGCCUGCCCCGCCGAUGCCGCUGCUGUCGCGUUCAGGCUGGCGGCGUGUGUCCAGCAGGCGGGGUUAGAUAGGACGCGAGAUCGGCGGGCUAUCCCUUGGUGGCGCCACUCCACGGAACCGUUUCAGAAGCGUACGCUAAGAGAGCCGAGGGUGCUGUGGAUUGUCGCUGUGUCCAUGUCAACGCGAGGGCGACAUGGCUGCGUGUGUCGCCAGCGACGUGUGUGUCGCCAGCGAUGCGUGUGUCGCCAGCGACGCGGGUCCAGCGCGGGUCAGAAGCCGACGAGAGGGACUGGGCAUCAGCGGCGUGUGACCGUUGACGCGCCGUGCCGUGCCGCCACGCCACGAGCGCCUCAGACGGGACUUCCGUCUGCAUCAGCACCGAGGGUCGGCCGGCAAUCUCGAGGCCACGAGUAGAUGGCGACCCGCGGUCUUGGGACGGAGCGCAUGGUGCCCUUUCGCUCCUUGUGCGGCGUGAUGCAGUCGGUUCCACUAUUUAAGAUCGCUGCUCGUGUCCCAAUGUCGUCAACCUCAAUCGCGACUUCAUCGCCAUCGCUCGUUGCGUUUCCUUGCGGCGUCCACGCCGAUUCCAGCGCUCGCCGAUCCACUCGUCGAUCCCAGCAGCGACCGACUGGCGCUCGCCGCCGUCACCAUGCGCCACCUCGCCUUCCCGCUGCUCGCACCGCUCCUCGCCGCGGCGGCACUCGCGGCCGCCCUUGAGCCUGUGCGCGUUGCGCCGCUAGCGGGGCCGGCUUGCGUGAGCGACUUCCCGCGCCGCCCGCUGUGCAAGUUCGUGGACGACCUGGUGGCGGCGCCGCGCGUGCAGGUGGACGCGGCCACGGGGAGGACCAUCCAGAUCGGCGUGUACCAGAUCCUCCAGAAGCUGCACCGCGACCUGCCGCCCACGAAGCUGUACGCAUAUGGGCUCAGCGAGCGCACGGCGCGCUACCCCGGACCCACGCUCGUGGCCAGACGGGGCGUGCCCACCAAGGUGCGGAGGGCACUGGGAUAUUGUGCUGGUAGCAGCCGUGCUCUGUUACUCCUCCUGCCACCCCUUCAACUGUAGACAUUUCGGUAAGCCAGUGCAUUUUUCCAAUUGCCUGGAAAGUCGAUUUGACACGAGCUGUGGUGUGCUGUGCUGUGCUUAGCUGUGCUGUGCUGUGCUGUGCUGUGGUGUGCUGUGCUGUGGUAUGCUGUGGUGUGCUAUGCUGUGCUGUGCUGUGGUGUGCUAUGCUGUGCUGUGCGGUGCUAUGCUGUGCUGUGCUGUGCUGCGCCAUCCAUUCAGGUCCUUUGGGUCAACAAGCUGCGCGACCAGCAGCACAUGUUCGCUGUGGAUUACAGCCUCCAUGGACGUCGCUACACCGCACCAAGGCGGCAUUCCCAUUGUGGUGCACCGGCACGGCGGCGGAGACCGCCAGUGAGUACGACGGCCACCCGGAGGCGUGGUUCACGCAGCACGGCGACAAGGGCCCCGCCUUCCGCGCGCGGCGCUACACGUACCCCAACGACCAGCAGGCGGCCACGCUGUGGUACCAUGACCACGCCAUGGGCAUCACGCGCUUGAACGUGGCGGCGGGCAUGGCGGGGCUGUACAUCGUCACCGACCCCCAGGGCGCGGAGAAGCACCUUCUCAAGCACCUGCCCGGCGCGGGGUACACAGUGGCGCUGGCCAUCUCGGACCGGCGGUUCCACGCCAACGGGUCCAUCGACUACCCCAGCCAAGGCAUCGUGCCGUCCAUGCACCCGCACUGGGUGCCCGAGUACACCGGCGACACCAUCCUCGUCAGUGGACUCGUGUGGCCGUACAUGACUGUGCGCCGCACGCGCUACCGCUUCCGCGUGCUGGGGCCGCCAAUGCGCGCUUCUUCAACAUGCGCUUCGUGUGCGCUACUGCCGCCAACUACCCAGACUUUGCACCGCCCUUCACCGGGCAUGUGCUGCCCAUGGUGCAGAUCGCUCUGACGGCGGCUACCUGCCCGAGCCCGUCACGCGCGCCUCCCUGCUGCUGGCCCCGGCGAGCGCUACGACCUCCUCAUUGAAUUCUCCUCACUGCCAGCUGACUGUGCUGACGUCAUCCUCACCAACGACGCCCCUUCACCGUACCCCAGUGGCGAGCCUGUGACGAACGACACGGCGUGUCAUGCGCUUCAUCGUGGACCGCGACAGCGCCGUGCUGCCCGCUCCGCCCAUCCAAGAGGCUCGUGGCCGUUCCCCCCGUGGACUUGUCCCAGGUGGCGGUGGAGCGGUGGAUGGCAGCCGUGGAAGUCACGGACCCCGCCACUGACCUGCCCAUCCGCGUCACCUUCGACCGCAAGAUGUACCGCGACCCGCCCUCGGAGAUCCCCAGGGAGGGCUCGGAGGAGCUGUGGCAUGUGAUCAACACGACGCCCGACGCCCAUCCCAUCCACCUGCACCUCAUUCAGCACCGCCCCGUUUCGCGCCGCCCUUCGACCGCGCCGCCUACAAUGCCGGCGCUUGCUCCUUCACCAAUGCGUCCCUGCCGUCGUGCUUCACGGGUGCGGGGGCGGGCAUGGCGGCGUACGAGCGCGGGUGGAAGGACACCACCACAUUGCUGCCGGGGGAGGUGCUCACUCUCUGGACCGGCUGGUACUCCCAGGU